AUGAGAGGCGGAAGGAGAAGAGUAUGCAAGAGGCGAGGGAAACGCCAGCAAAGGCGAGGCGAGGAAGCUUCUGCCAGAGAGGCGCUCAAGCCUCCGGCAGAGGCGCUCAAGCCUCCGACAGAAGCGCUCAAGCCUCCGGCAGAGGCGCUCAAGCCUCCGACAGAAGCGCUCAAGCCUCCGACAGAGGCGCUCAAGCCUCCGACAGAGGCGCUCAAGCCUCCGGCAGAGGCGCUCAAGCCUCCGGCAGAGGCACUCAAGCCUCCGGCAGAGGCGCUCAAGCCUCCGGCAGAGGCGCUCAAGCCUCCGACAGAGGCGCUCAAGCCUCCGGCAGAGGCGCUCAAGCCUCCGACAGAGGCGCUCAAGCCUCCGGCAGAGGCGCUCAAGCCUCCGGCAGAGGCGCUCAAGCCUCCGACAGAGGCGCUCAAGCCUCCGGCAGAGGCGCUCAAGCCUCCGACAGGGGCGCUCAAGCCUCCGGCAGAGGCGCUCAAGCCUCCGACAGAAGCGCUCAAGCCUCCGACAGAGGCGCUCAAGCCUCCGGCAGAGGCGCUCAAGCCUCCGGCAGAGGCGCUCAAGCCUCCGGCAGAGGCACUCAAGCCUCCGGCAGAGGCGCUCAAGCCUCCGGCAGAGGCGCUCAAGCCUCCGACAGAGGCGCUCAAGCCUCCGGCAGAGGCGCUCAAGCCUCCGGCAGAGGCACUCAAGCCUCCGGCAGAGGCGCUCAAGCCUCCGGCAGAGGCGCUCAAGCCACCGGCAGAGGUUUUCGAACUAAUAAACUCACGGUGGUUUCCUGAAGGUUUCACUGAAGCCGCACAAGAAAUUUAG